GAUAAAGGCUUUUAAAGGUGACCGUGGAGAUCAAGGACCCCCAGGAGAACCCCCAAAGCUCAAGCCCAGCAUGAUGAUGGAAGUUAAGGUGAAAAAGGAGAUGUUGGAGAAAGGGGCACGAAGGGAUUCUUUGGCUUAAAAGGUAGCAAGAGAAUGCCAGGUGUUCCCGGAAAGACAGGAACUCCAGGGUCCCCUGGGCAUCCCAGCUAUGUGGCUGGUGUGAAAGGAGACAUUGGCGCAAAAGGGCUGACAGGUCUGAAAGGGUAUCCAGGUCCAGCCGGCUCUCCUGGCAUCAGAGGCUUCCCUGGCACUACAGGAAUCAGGGGAGAAAAGGGCAUGCCAGGAAUUUCAGGCCAUUUUGGUACUCCUGGCUCACAUGGUGAAAUAGGUGAGCAGGGAGAUACUAUAAACUUACCAGGAAUGCCAGGCCUUAAAGGGGAAGUUGGUGUGCCAGGCUUAACAGGCACAAGAGGAAGCGCAGGACAAAAAGGUGAAGGUGGCGAUCCUGGUUUCCCUGGCAUUGAAGGCCUUAAGGGCACUCAGGGUUUCCCUGGUACUGUGGGACAGGAAGGUUUGCCAGGACUGGUUGGUCCCCCAGGACAGCAAGGAAGCCCUGGGAUGACUGGAUUUCAAGGUGAAAAGGGAACUCCCGGCUGGCCUAGUUUACCAGGACAAGCAGGCUUGCCUGGCUUAAGAGGAAUCAGUGGACUGCAUGGUUUACCAGGCACUAAGGGCUUACCAGGAUCACCAGGUCCAGAUGGUUACGGCUCUGUAGGUUUCCCAGGUGCAGUGGGUGACAAAGGAGAAGCAGGAGAGCCAAGCAGGGUGGAAGGCAGCCAAGGACCUCUGGGUCAGAAGGGAGACAGAGGUGUUCCAGGAGUCCAAGGACCCUUUGGCCUUCCUGGGCAGGAAGGACCUCCAGGUCCUCCUGGGAUUUCAAAUAUAUCAGGACAUCCUGGUGAUAAAGGCUCCCCAGGUUUAGAUGGAGUGCCAGGCUAUCCAGGACUACAGGGAGAGCCUGGAAUACCAGCUCCGCCAGGAAGCAAAGGAGAAAGUGGACAAACAGGUGUGAGUGGAGUAAUUGGCCCAAAAGGAAGUAGAGGUGAUCCUGGAUUAUCAGGGAGACCCGGCGUUCCUGGCUACCCUGGGCCAAAAGGUCGGAAGGGUGAGCAAGGUGUCAUUGGCUUUAUGGGCCCAGUAGGAUUUCCAGGUGAUUUGGGACCUAUUGGACCCAAGGGGGAUAGAGGACUAACUGGCAUUCAGGGGCCUCCAGGCUCCCCUGGGCUGUCCCCUCUUCCUCCAAGGCUGGUUGCUGAGCAAGGUUCACCAGGUCCCAGUGGAAAUAUAGGACCUCAAGGAAGCCCAGGAGAUGUGGGACCUCAGGGUCCACCAGGCGAUCCAGGUUUCAGAGGCGCACCUGGAGAACCAGGACUCCAGGGCAGGGGUGGCAUUCCAGCUCCUCCUGGCUCCAGAGGUGAACAAGGAGCAACAGGGUUUCCCAAAAAGAACUAUCAGCUAAAACAAUGA